UUCUGGGCGCAGGCGGGCGUCGCGGACGGCAUCGACCUGCGCCUCGGCGACGCGCUCGCGACCCUCGCGGGGCUGGAACCGGCGAGCUUCGACCUGUGCUUCGUCGACGCGGACAAGGGGAACUACGGCGCCUACUACGAGCGCGCGCUCGCGCUGCUCAGGCCGGGCGGCCUCCUGGUGAUCGACAACGUCCUCUGGAACGGCCAGGUCGCCGACGACCAGUGCGUCGACGAGGACACCGUGGCCCUGCGGAAUCUCAACGCGGCCAUCCACGGCGACGACCGCGUCAGCGUGGUCAUGCUGCCCGUCGGCGACGGCACGACGCUGUGCCGGAAGCGCAGAUAA